UCUUCAUCUUCAUCUUCAUCCCAUACAACUUUAUACCAAAAACAAAUUAAACACCUCAUAAACUUAUCCAAAAUCUGUUAAAAUCUCCCUUUGUUAAUUAUCUAAAGUCAUGGAAGGAGAAAUUCCCAAGAGCCACAGCGAAGCAACAACAGAAGAAACCCCAAAGAUCCUUAGCGAAGCAACAACAGAAGAAACUCCUGCUAAGAGCGGCCAUGCCUAUGGCGAACCAACAUCAACAUCGGACUUGGUUGCUAGCGCUAAGACUGUAGCCGAGGCAGCACAGUUAGCUUGUUCUAACCAGAGUGACAAGAUUGAUAAGGCCAAGGUUUCUGAAGCUGCUGAAGAUGUUCUAGAAGCCGCUAAGAAAUACGGGAACCUCGAUGAGAAGAGCGGUGUUGGACAGUAUGUUGGUAAGGCGGAAGGUUAUCUUCACAACCUUCACGCCUCCUCUGAUCACCCUGUUGAGGGUGGUGAGAAGAAGCCUGAGGCUGACGAAAAGAAGGAGUCUGGUGGUGGUGCUGCAGGUUUGAUGGACAUGGCUAAAGGAUUCUUCAAGUAAUCAUAAAACAAUUGGAUCGGAUCCCGGAAUUCGGAGUUUUAUUUGUUAUUAUUGUUGUGAUGUGUGGUGGUCCAAAAAAAUAAAUAGAAAGGUGGUACUUUACAUGGACGGUUUGCUGGACGGUUCAUGUUAAAUCGGUCUUUAAUUAGUUUGGAACUCGAGUUUAUUGUUGUUAUUGUUAAAGAACGUCCUCGAAUCACUUGGUGAUGUUCUAUGUUCCCUAAAACAAAUGUACUCCAUACUAAAACUACUAGUUGUGAUGUCACUAUGUGAUGCAGUAGGAACUAGAUUUGUAAAUUAGUAAAAGUAUUCCUUCACCCCUUGUAACCUCGUAUGCUUUUAAACGUUGUUAAGAAAUGUGAUUUUUUUUUACACAUAAUAAA